CUCUACAGUUGUUCAGUUAGAAAAAUCCCCAAAAACACACAGAAAUUUCGAAAUUCAAAAGCCCUAACGUCAAUUCCCCUGCAAAAACCUUCCACAAAACCCCCUCUGUGUAUGCUCCGCGACCCAGAUCCGGCGACAAUGACGUCGAAUAACCCAGAUCAGAAGGCCUCAGUCGAUAUUCGGAUCUCCCAGCUCGGACCAGGAAGACCCGAAGCGGAGGCUGAAGAAGAAGAAGAAGAAAAUGAUGAAGAGGACCUGGAGAAGCUGGGAUCUGAUGUCAAGCAUAUGGCGAACAAAAUUCUGGAGUACAGGGCUAAUCUUCCGGAACAACUCAAGUCCACCUUUACUUCGAUUCUCUCUGCCCAGCGGCCCUUUUUGACGGGCAUUGAUUCAGAGGCCGGAACGUCUGGUGGCAACCCGAGAGAUUCAGGACUGGAUAAAGUUGGUAAAAAGGUGGCAGCAGAAGCGGAACAAAAGAACGCUUUGAAAAUAAGUUUGCUGAAGGAUAAAAUUUCAAGUAAUGUCUCUGCUAUGCCCAACCUACUGAAAAGGAUGAACGAUUGUAUCUCUAGGAUUGAAAAACUAGAUUCAUACGAUGGAAUCAUACAUCUUGCAUUUAAGAGGAAAAGGACUAGUUGAAACAGCUAACUCGUGCCCGCUUGAUGUUCACUAUCUGGUGUUAAUACAAUGAGCAAUUAGAGUGUUACCAACUUUUGUUGCUGACUUCUACAAAUUCAGUGGAUCCAUUCAUCCAGCUUUUGAGAGGAAGAGACAUUUGGAGCUAUCUUCCUGGUCAAUUCUGGACGUGGAAGUUACCAUUGUGUUGUAACAUUUAAGUACUGGGAAAGAAUGCCAUUUGAUUUGUAUUAUAACAUGCCUAAAAUUUCUCCAGAAGCAGAGGCUUUACCAAUCUGAUACAUUUUGUAUCUUGGAUAAUAGAAAGAUGUUUUUUUGCA